AUGAUCUUUGCAGCUAAUGGGAAUCAAUCAAUACAUGCUAAACUUGAAACUCCAAAUUUUGAUUCUACAAUAAACAUUUAUCGUAAUUUUACAGAUUACACAGUAUUAAAUACAAAUGAUACAAUCAAUGUAUCCCAGUCAGAUUCAAAUUCAAGCAUUUUUGUAAGACUUUUAAUUGAUAACUUAACAACUCCAAACAAACUAGAGAUAUUUUUCAACUCAGACGCAGAUAAUUACUACGAACAACGAAAUGACUUUCAAUUACCUCAAUAUGAUAGUCAAAUAUGCGAAUUUGGAAAAUUAUCAAGUAAAAAGUUAGGAAUUGCCCUUCUAAUUAUUAUCUCAAUAUUAGUUAUAUGCAAUCUUUACAUGUGCAGCCUUAUUUGUAAAAGUAAAAAAGCAGAGGAGGAAUUCAUUGAUUUAGAUGAUGUAAAUGAGUCUUCUAUUGUUUCUAUCACACAAGUAUCAACAAAUUCCAAGUUUACUCUUUCAAGAUUCUCAAAUAAUGACUUAAUCUUCUUCCCUCAAUAA